UUUACAGAACCUGAAACUCAAUUCCUUUGAAAUUCAGAAAAAGCCAAAAAAGGGAAACUCAAAAGGCUGUCUCGACAGUUAAAACACAUGCAGUUCGAUACAAUUCCCACACCACACUCAGAUUUCCCCAAUUUAAGUAAAAGCCAAAAAAUAGAAAAGCCCAUGUGUUCUGUUGCCAGAUUACAGGCACAAAACGACGUAGUAUGGCCGAGUUGUGAAGCUUGAUACGCUCCCCAAUUCGUCGUUUUUUUUUUCUCUCUUUCUGUCUCUCUUUGCCCUUCAAUGGUGUUGACGAAUUCAACGGCGACUCGCAGCUCGCUGGAGCUGAUGCUGGACAAAUUGCAGCGGCAGACGGACGAUCAGCCCAAGGAUGCUCCGCCGGCGUUGCCCGCCCGGCCCGUUUCGAGGGCUCGCCUGCCCCGGGCCCGGAAGCCGCUGCAGCUCGACUUACAUAGGCGGAGGAGCCUUGAAGAAAUUGAUGCGGGCUCCGAACGGGCCCCCAUGGCCAUGGCUGAUGGGCCUGUUAGUUUUGAUCGUUUUCAGAAGGGGAAGAAUUCGAAAGAUACACCAGAAAAUGGAAUAUUGAACCUCCAAAAAUGCUACCGUGGUUACAAAAUCAGGUGCUACUACAAGGAUCUCAGAACAGGAGUAAUUGCAAUGCAAUCAUUUAUUCGUGGUGAAAAUGCACGAACGGUUCGUAAUUGUUGGAUUAUAAAGCUUAAGGCUAUCAUCCUAAUACAGAGGCAUAUUCGUAUGUACUUUGAACGACGGGAACUCAAAGAAAAGCAAGCAAAGGCCGAGCAAAUGAAGUUAGCAGGGAAAAGCGUGAAUUUGGGACAAGUCGAGGACAUCGAGGUACCAUACAGUGUACUUAUCGAUCUUCAAAAACGAAUUUUACGAGCGGAGGCAAAAGUGAGGCGAAAGAAAGAGGAAAAUGUUGGUUUGAGGAUGCAAAUUCAAGAAAUGGAGGGAAAAUGGCAGCAAUAUGAGGAAAGAAUGAAAUUUUUGGAGAAGGCAUGGCAAGAUGAGUUGACAAAUAUACAAGAACAUUUAGCUGCAGCAAAUAAGAACCAAGCCUCUGAAAGGAAUUGCCCUGAUUUUAUAAUCACUUCACACGAUGGCCAGCGAGAAUUGCUAAUAAACGAAGAGGAUAUUGAUCAAAUUAAUGAAAUCGGGCUCAUGCAAGGUUGCAGCAUAUUGCAUCCUCAAGACAAGCUUCGUAAGCUGAAGCUCAAGUUCAAAUCGUGGAAGAAAGAUUACAAGAUUAAGCUGAGGGACACGCGAACAAUGUUGAAAAAGCUCGAAAGUUCGAAAACUGCAAAAGGCGAAAAGACUUGGUGGGGGAGAAGGACGUCAAAUUAGGCGAAAUCGGGUAUUUGAUUUGAUUAAUUGGUUGGGAAAAUUCUCAUUCGCCUUAGCGCAUUUCGGAUUUGAAGUGGAGAAUGAAUCGUGUAACGUGAUCAAAGUGUUGUGCUAGUUGCUGUAUAUUGAGCUGGUUUUGGAGUAAAUUUGGAUGUCAACACUGUAUAAAAAAUUAAUGUCUAGGAAAUAAAAAAGUAUUGGUCUUUUUAAGGGAAAAAAAUGCAAUUUUAGUGCAGUUGGUUUAA